ACAUUAUAUUUCAUUUAUUAUUAAUCCCUUUCUAUCCUUUCCUCGUUUCUCCUGCUCUCAUUUUGGAUUAGGGUUUCGCUCUGCUCUUCUUUCACUUUGAAGCUUAAACCCUAAUCUCUCCGAUCCUCCCGCCAACUAGCCGUUAGCUCUGUUUCCCGCCACAUUUCUAUAUCAUCCUAGCCGUUGAUUCACCUAUAUUUGAAAUACUAGCCGUUAGAUCUGUCUUUCACUUUGUUCCUUGCAUACCUGGUAGUUUGACCGGAAAUGUCGGCCGCUGAAGCAGGGAAGAAAGAGGUAGAGGAGAAGGGAGGGGAGCUCUUAUUUUGUGGCGCCACUUGUUGGAAUACCAUUGGUCGCAAGAAAGGUUCCCAGGAAGGCAACUUGGUCUCUCCUACUCGGCUCCGUCCGCUCGUCGGCGUCGACAUUCGUUUUGUUGCCUCUGGAUGUGCGUCCUGUCAUUGUGUGGCUCUGGAUGUGGAAGGGCGUUGCUAUACAUGGGGCCGCAAUGAGAAGGGGCAACUUGGUCAUGGGGACACAAUUCAGCGUGAUAGGCCAACAAUUGUUUCUGAACUUUCGAAGUACAAAAUUAUUAGUGCUGGAUCAGGGAGGAGCCACACAGCAGUGGCCACAGAAGAUGGUCAAUCCCUUGCAUUUGGUUGGAAUAAACAUGGACAGCUGGGUUCUGGUUCAGUAAGAAAUGAAAUUGAGUCAUCUCCUGUCCGCUGUCUCGUGUCUGAUGUCAAGAAAACUGCCUGUGGAGCUGAUUUUACUGUCUGGUUAUCAUCUGUUGAAGGAGCUUCUAUACUAACUGCAGGCCUUCCACAGUAUGGUCAGCUUGGGCAUGGAACGGACAAUGAGUAUAAUACUAAAGAGAGCUCAGUCAGGCUUGCUUAUGAAGCCCAGCCACGGCCUAGAGCAAUUGCUUCUCUUGCUGGGGAAACUAUUGUAAAAGUUGCAUGUGGAACUAACCAUACAGUGGCUGUGGAUUCAAAUGGCUAUGUUUACACGUGGGGCUUCGGUGGUUAUGGAAGGCUUGGACAUAGAGAGCAAAAGGAUGAAUGGGUUCCUCGUCGUGUGGAUGUCUUUUCAAAGCAUAAUGUUCUACCUCCUAAUGCAGUAAUUUCUGCUGGUUCUGUAAACUCUGCAUGUACUGCAGGAGGUGGACAGUUGUACAUGUGGGGGAAAAUGAAGAACACUGGUGAUGACUGGAUGUAUCCUAAGCCUCUAAUGGAUUUAAGUGGUUGGAAUUUGCGGUGUAUGGAUUCUGGCAGCAUGCACCAUUUUGUUGGUGCUGAUAACUCUUGCAUAAGUUGGGGCCAUGCUCAGUAUGGUGAACUAGGAUAUGGUCCUUAUGGACAGAAGUCUUCAUCAGUACCCCAGAAGGUAGAUAUUCUUGAGGGCAUGCGUGUUAUUGGUGUGGCAUGCGGUAUGGGCCAUUCCAUGGUUAUAGUUGAUAGAACAAAUGUUGGUGACCGUCUUGAGCAGCUGGAUGUCUAUGAUGGCAAGGCUUCUGGUGAAGGGAGUGAAGAACCAGAGACCAAAUCUCCAGCUGCUAAGCCUGCAAGAAAAGUUGCCUCUAAAGCUUCUGAAAAUUCCAAGAAAAGGAAGAAGUCCAAAGAUUCUUCAGAAUCAGAAGAAGAGCUCAGUGAUAAUGAAAGUGAGGAUAGUGAUGAAGAGUUUAAUGGCCGUACACAACAAAGUAAGCGGGGUGGAAAGUUUUCUGGUAAAGGUCGAGGAAAAUCAGCAUCAAAAGGGAAGGGUGGGCGUCCGGGGGCAAAUAAGAGUACAAAUUCUUCUCAAGUAAAUGCUGGCAAGCGGGGAAGGCCAAAGAAGUCAUAACAUGCAUAUUCCUGGAUGAACAUGGAAAUUUUUGUUGUGUAGAAACCAAAUGUAACUUUGCAUUUUUUUUUUAAUUGUUCAAGUAAUUUUUAUUCAGUUCCCGUGUAUUUUCUUUGUUGGAAGAAUUUUUUUAAGGAAACUGAUUAAUCUUUUUCUGCGUAGACGGUUUAUAAAAAUCUAUAGUGCUGCUUCAA